GGCAAAAUCAGAGCAGCCUCUUUGGAAACGAUCGGAAGAGAGAAACACAAGUGGAGAGCCGUUUUCUGCUGGAUCUAUAAACCUUCUUUGGCUGCGGUCUCUUUCCAGAAUUGACGAUGUAAGAGGGGUUUGUUUUUUUGGGGGUGUCCAUUGCUGGUGAAUUGAGGGAAAUGCGUGUUUUAGUCUUGGAUGAGUCCUGCUGCGCGUAAAUCCCCGAUCCGAGUCCGUUUUGGGAGAGACCGAGGAGGACGGAACGCACGGCAGCAGGCAGACUCCCGAAGCCGCUCAGCAUGAACCUCAUCGGGGGUUACCAGCAUCACCACCACCUGAUGCACGAACCUUUUCCUUUCGUUCAGCGGUGCCACCAGGACGCACCGUAUUUCCAGAGCUGGGUGGUGAACCACGGCGAAGUGCCUCCGGACUUCCAGAUCCAGACGCCUUACCCGGCCGCGGAGCUCGGAGCGCCCGGAUCCGCGCACGACGUCCGAUUGGAAGGGCUGCAGGCGGGCAUGGGGAAGAGGAGAGCGUCGGGGCCGAAAAAGGAGCGACGGAGGACGGAGAGCAUCAACACGGCUUUCGCGGAGCUCAGGGAGUGCAUCCCAAACGUGCCGGCGGACACGAAACUGUCUAAAAUUAAAACGUUACGACUGGCGACCAGUUACAUCGCCUACCUGAUGGACGUCCUGGCCAAAGACUCCGGGGAGACGGAGGGAUUUAAGGCCGAAAUUAAGAAAUACGAGAACCGGGAUAUGAAAAGGAAACGAGAGCUGACCGAUGGCCUGCAGGAGUCUUUAGGAGCCGAGAAGAAGGUGAAGGGCCGGACCGGGUGGCCGCAGCAGGUCUGGGCUCUGGAGCUCAACCAGUGACCCUCUCCCCUCCCCCAGUAACCCCCCACCCCCACCCCACCCUCCCCCCUCCUUCCGUCAGAGACUUGGAUAUGAAAUCAGAUCAAAAACCACUGACUGAACGCGCGCACAAAGGAGCGCAAAAAGGACGAAAACAAACCGAACCCGUCACGGACACGUUGUGGGUCUUUUCACGGCUGUGGGUUUUCUUAGGUUUUUAUUUGUGGUGUCUGUGUCUGUUUAUCUGGGGCUGAAAAUAAAUAAAUUAUAUCGAACGACUAACUGUAAAUGUAGAGAAAGUUGUGGUUUUGUGUAAUAACGUUGCUUGAAAGAGGGGGAUAAAAAGAUGCAAAA